AUGGCUUCUUCAUCAGGAAGUUCAAAGCGAGUUUUGACCGGGGAUGGAAUGAAUGCCUAUGUCAGUCAGAGUGGGCUUUCUGAAAUCCUCAAAUCCAUCAAAAAACAUGGCCUUCCAGAGGCUAUCGAUAGACGGAUCAUCAAGCGAGCCAGGGAUUCAGAAAUCCCACCCUCUGUGUUUACCUCAAUUCAGGCUGAAAUGGAAAAAGGUCAACAGAAGACAUUUCCGGCAGUCAAUCCGGUGGAGUUGUUGAAGUACGUGUGUGGUCAACCGGGUGGCUUCAGUGAAUAUUUUUGGCAGAAACACACAGAGAUGCCCAGCACUCCCCACAAGCCCUGGCGCAUCUGUGUGUAUUGCGACGAGAUCGUUCCAGGGAACGUUUUGCGUCCACGAAACCAGAUGAGCAAAAGGGUUGGCCUCACCAUAGCAGACGAGGCUGCAUUAAAAUUGAUAUGGUCCUUCAAAGGUGCCAGCGGUCUCAAACCAUGCGUGUUUUGUGCCAAUGUGACCAUGGAUUCAUUGGAAGUUGCGCAACAUGACAUCUCUGGGAAGUUGGUGUCCCACACAGAGACAGAGCUCUCAAAGAUAGUGUUCCACGAUGAUGCCAGUUUGUUAGCCAUUGCUCAGUAUUUGGCAAGCAAACACAGCACCUUGGGAAAAGAUGCAUUCAAACUGGAAGAGAAAAGUUUGGGGUUGAACUAUGAACCCACCGGCGUCCAAGCCAAGCCUUUGAAUCACUUGACCAAGGCCUUGAACAAGGCCAGCAUCGAUAGUUCCUUGGUGCAGAGCAUUCCCUUCGCGCUCAAGAAGAAACCGGAGUCGCGAGUGGGUUUUGACCUGGUGAUCGUCGAGAAGUUGGAUGACGCCAUCAAGAACACCCUGGCGGACCUCACCACGAACAUCGAGAAGGAAGGCCCCGAGCGCCAGGCGCGCCUGGCGGCCGUGGAGGCCGCCACGAGCGCCGCCGAGGCGGCGAAGGCCGCGGCGGCCGCCGCGGCGGAGGCGCUGAAGGCCGCCAAGGACGGCCUCUCGGCCGCCACGGCCACGCUGGGCAGCGCCAAGAAGUCCUACGGAAGCUUCGAUGCGGAUCUCAAGGCCGCCAAGAAGACCUUUGAGAAGGCUGAGGCAGAUCUGAAAGCCUUUCAAGAAGGAGCGCUCGCAGACUUCAAGUACCUCAUGGAGUUGUCCGCCGAGGCUGGCCAGUGA